GCUUCGCUUCAGAAGCGAACAGAGAACUACAGAGGACGUCGGGAUGACCCGCGCUGUGGACGUCGUCAUCGCCGUCGCCGUCGCGGCUGCCUAUUAACGCGCCUUCCGACUCGCGAGCAUGUGCUCGUAAACACGCGGUGCUCCUCGCCGCCGGUCCUCCGCCUCGACGACGAGAGCAAGAUCCGCGCGCUCAGUCGCGGUCGUCCGCGCCGCGUUUACUUCCGGUGAUAAUCGAUCGGCGGUGUUUUUUGCACGAGUAAUUCGCAACUAGGCUGUCGAAGAUGUCUAUAGUGCUCAAGUCGCUUUCGGUGCUCCUCGGCAUAUUCUUCGUCUUCGUCGGCACCAUGAAACUGACGUCGCACAUCAGCAAAGACUUGCACAAGGACCUGAGGAAAGAAUAUGUCAAGUACGCAAAAGUAUUUCCGCUCUCAGGAACACUUGACUUCAAAGUACCAAGCAAAUGGUAUCGAAGAGUUGUCGGGUCACUCGAAAUCAUCUGCGGCCUCGCUAUGGCAAUUAUUCCAAGUCACAAAGUUAAGAACUUAUCGAACACGGUGCUGUGUCUCUUGAUGCUGAUGGCCGUGUACUCUCACUACAUGGUCAACGAUAAAUUCGAGAGAAUCGCCCCGGCACUGGUAUUCUUCUUUAUGUUGACGGGGCGACUGGUCAUCGACUGGCAGCUCAGGCGAGAAGAGGCGAAAUCGGUGACGGCGAACGGUGUCGAUGAUAAAACUAAGAAGCAAGACUGAACGGGAUUAUGGUUGGAAAACGUGUUGUCUGUUUUCACAUUAAAACCACUUAAUUCCGCGAUUUUAUUUCUGGGAUAUUGAUUUUGUGAAAAAUUAAUUUAUAUUAAUUUCGAGAGUCCCAUUCUUCCAAAAAUUAAACAUUUCUCAAGGCACCGUUACCUUUUUGGUUUCUUUUUUGGUUUACAUGUAAAAAAAUUCGAUACGCAAUAAAGAACUAUGUAAUGUGAAGGAAGAAAGAAAACGAUGAUUUUGAAUUCUGUGGAUUAGGCUUGUAAAAAAUAUAUGCCUCAAAAUGAAAGCAAGAUGAGAAAUAUGUAUAAUUUACUUUUAAUGUAAUUCACUUUUAAUCACUUUAAUGUAAUUAGUGAGAUUAAUUUUUAUUGCACUUUACGUGUUACUCUGCGCACUAUAUUGCAAUAUAGUUUGCAGAAUAAAAAGUGAGUGUCUUUAAGACGCAAUAAGAUGUAUAAUUAAGUGAAGUUAUGUAAAAAAGAAACAUCCAUUUUUAGUCUUUAGACGGAUUAUUUUUUAUCGCUGAUGCGGAUCGCUUGAUAAAUAUGCGAUAUGUAUUUUUUCGAUGAAUAAUAAUUUAAUGACAAUUAAAAACUUAUAAUGACUUGAUUUUUAAUACUGAUAGCAAUUGCAGUGUGAUGUGAACGGUAAAUAUUGUUUCCAAUAAUUAAUAAUUGGUUAGUUCUGCAAUAUCGGUCCAUUAAGACACCAUUGCAUUAAUGUCGAUUGUCGUUGGCCAUGAUUAAAGAAGUGAUCUUUCUCUAUUUAUAUUAUAGUAAAGACAAAUACAAAAAUGACAAAUCAUCGCAACCAAAACACAAUUAAUUACAUACUCUGUAUCAGUAAAAUUAAUUUUAAAAAUAAGUCAGUUUGACUUAUUCUAGUUUUCUUUGUUUCUUUUAGUCCUGUUUAGUCUUUUUAAAGUUGAUGGUUAUUAUAUCAUAUUGUAUUUAAACGAUAUCAUACAGGGUUACAUAUCCCAGAAUUCUCAAAUCAAAAGAAAUUUUCUCGAAAAAUUAAAUAAAAAUUUAAUAAAAUAGGUAUUCGUAAAUUUUUAUUUUAAGUAGUAAUUUUUUAAGUAUAAGAGCUUAAAGUUUUAUAUAUAUAUAUCAAUUAAAGAUUACGUUUAGACGAUCAUGUCACGCAAUCGCUAAUACUAUCGCAUACGCAAUUUACGGAUAUGCGACUGUCUAAAUGUAAAUUUAUGAUUGGCCACACAGCUCAAAACUCUUACGUCUCAAGAACUAUGAUUGAAAUAAAAAUGUAUAGAUAACUAUUUUACUUAAUUUUUUAAAAACUUUUUGAUUCAUGAAUUUCGGGACAUCACGUAUAAAACAUUAUAAAAUUGUAAUAUAUAAGCAGCUACAUGAUAUAAAUAAUAUAGAAUAUUAAUAUAAUAUAAAUAAUUAAACUAGAGAUACUCUUAUUAAACAAAUAAUUAUAAAUGUAUAAAAUAUAAAGACUUAUAAUAAAAAUAGUCCAUAAAAGGCUAUAAUAUAAAUUAUUGGCUAGCUAUAGUAUAAAUAGAGAAAGCAAUUUAAUCUGCUAAAUAUAAUACAAAUCGACAUUAAUGCGAAUCAUGACACUAGCUUAAGCACGAGGUACUAACUGCCACUUGAAUGAAUGUGUUCUUAUAUGUACCGUGCGAGCGUGCGUUUAUGGACGUAUAGAAAAGAUUUCUUAGUAAUUGAGAUAAAUGUGCGCACUAGCUUUAAUUUAUUUCUUAAAAUCUUCACACGUGCGAAUAACGAGUGUGAUCAGACAAUUUGAUAAAUAAAACUAAAAUUAAACUA